AUGUUUUUUCGAUUUCAACUCAUUUUUUACAAAAAUAUACGAAAAAUAGGAAAAAAUGUAUGGGAAAAUGUAUGGAAAAAAGCGAAAAAAUUGAGAACAGUGAAAGGAGUGGAAAAACAUUUUCAAAAGAAUGAGAAUAUUAAAAAGAAUGUGAAAGUAGGAGUAAAA